CAGAGCAGGGAGAGGGACGCGGGGCGGGAGGCAGGAAGCUGGGGGACGGAAUUGGGCGGCUUCUCCCCUCCUGCUCGCGUGUAGCCGCCCUGACCUUAGACCUGGCCGGCGCCCACGGGCAUACCAUGCGGGCACCAGGCAGGCCGUGAGCUGCCCUCGGUCCAGCAGCCGGGCCUCCUCCUGGCCGCGCGUGCGUCCAGGCUGGGCUGGGAGGGGGAGCGCGUGAUGAGGCAGCGGCCCGCUCCCCCCCGCCGUGAGGCCCAGGCAGAUGGCUGGCCAGAGCUAAAUUGAUUCCUAAUGAUUUGUGUCUCUCCCCUGCCCGGCAACGGGUAACUUUUCAUUAGAGACACAGAUGUCUUCAUAAGGCGAUGCCAGGGCCCUCCCACGACAGCCCCAGCACCCCUCCACUCCACUGCAGACAUGGGGGUGUCACACGGGUGAGAGGGUGGGAGGACUGAAGGGUCCAGAAGGAGGCCUGCCACACCCAGCAGUCUGCUGUCUCCAGGAUGCAAGUGUCAGCCGCCCACUCUCCCCAGACCGCGGCAGCUCCUGACCUGCUCUGGCAGUGGCCGCUGGGGCCACCUCCUAGGCCCUAGGCUGUGUGGGUGCUCCAGCAUCACUCCCUCCCGGGCAGGCCUGUCUGGUGGCCAUCACUCCACAGCCUUCCUGCCAUGCCCAUGACCCCCUGCCCCCCAGCCCCGGCCUCCACUCACUGUCCCCAGAGUAAAUUUGCCACCCACCCCUACAGAUCCAAGUCUCACCUGUCCACUGCCAACCUUCAAACUCUGUCCAAGACCCAUGGCCAUGGGUUUCCCAUAUCUUCCUGGGUUUUGACCACUAUUUCUGUCUACAUAUCCCCUCACCAUGUCAUCUCCUCUAUGCCAUGUUCACUGUCUCCCUGGCAGAGCCUUAGCAGACAGGGAGGCAGAGGCUCACUUUCUCCUGCAGUCCUGUUGCACUUCUGUGGCACUUACAACCCACGGUCCUGGAGCAAGAGCCAGGAUUCCGUCUCUGAGGGUGCAGGCUUGUGUCUGGAUGUCUUCAUUUCUGCCAAGCUAUUGGUGUGCCUGCCUGUGUGGCAGCUGGACGCUGGGCCUCCAGAGCCCAGGGGGGAGCUGCACAAGUCAUGCUGCCCAGAAACCAGGCCCGAGGUGGGCAAACCAUGCCUGACAGAUGACCAGCUCCUGGCUUAUGGCACCCUCUAUAUUUUAAGAAAGCCCUCAGCAGAUGCUGGCUCCAUGGCCUUGGACUUCUCAGCCUCCCCACUGUCAUCCUCUCCUUUAAAAUUGAACUGCAAGGCCAGCUGAUGAAACCUUUCACGUGGUUGGUUGUGUCUGGCAGCUCAGCAAGCACCUACUGUGUGGAGGCCCUGUCCUGGGCUCCUGAUGAGCAACACUGCUUCAUGGAAGAGGCAGUGAGCUCUGCAUUUGUGGGGCAAGGACUCAGGAAAGUGCCUCUCAGAGUGUGAUCCGGCCAUCUUACAGACCAGUACUAACUUAAGUUCACUGAGCACAGGUCAACGGUUGUCCAUGCAUUAAAUCAUUUGGUCCUC